AUGUCUUCAGAGGCUGGUGUCUCAUUCAUUGAAGCCAAACAACUUGCGGAUCUCAUCAAAACGAAACCCCAAAGUCUCAUGAUCAUUGAUGUUCGGGAUGCUGAUUUUGAAGGUGGUAACAUCAAGUCAGCUCAAAAUAUUCCAUACUUUGAUGAACAAAGAGCUACGGAACUUGCUCUCCGAGUGUAUCAACACAAUUCUCAGCAGCCACAAUUGAAUCUUCAAACCCGAGCCAAACAACUGUUGAAUGAAUUACAUGCUGGGAAUGGUGGAGUUACAAAAUAUAACACUGUAGGAGCUGACGAUGAUAGAGUGUAUCAAGUCAUUUUCAAUUGUUAUUAUUGCAGAAUGCGAGGUCCUACUGCAGCUAAAUUAUUUCAAACUGUUUUGCAGGAGGUGUACAACAAUCAAGCAAACAAUAAUACCACACCAGUAUUAAUGCCAGACGUUAAAUUUGUAAAAGGAGGUUGGAGUGCUUGGAAAAAGUUGUACAAAAAUGAUCCAGCAUUGUGUGAUAAUGCCAAACAGUUGGACAAGUUCAUUAAGGCAGUUAGAAAAUAA